UAGAACGGAACACUCUGGCCGCUCGGCGGCUGUGGCUAGAGGCUUCUUUUGAGAGAAGUUUGCUGCCUGAACGGGUUAAAGGCGGGUAGGUGCUACCCGCCACUUCCCCUUCUCGGGAUUUACAACGUAUUGCUGUCCACUUAAUAGAUAAUGCACGUUUUUCCAAUCGGAAGUGACGGUGGUUGUGGCAUUUUUGAUCCUUCAACAUAAGAUGCACUUCAUUAUUGUAUUGUGGGGACACUACUACAUACAGUACAGAUUAUUAGCUAAUUAUCGCAGCAUCUCUAUGAGGGAGAUGUCCUUUGCUUCUCAGAUGUAAUGCACUUUAAGUUUGUUAUUCAGCAGUGAAAAUGAGUCAUACAGAGGUUAAAUUAAAAAUACCUUUUGGAAAUAAAUUACUAGAUGCUGUUUGUUUGGUACCUAGCAAGAGCUUAACAUAUGGAGUGAUUCUUACACAUGGAGCAUCAGGAGAUAUGAAUCUUCCUCAUUUGAUGUCACUGUCAUCCCAUCUUGCAUCUCAUGGGUUUUUUUGCCUGAGGUUUACCUGUAAAGGCCUUAAUAUUGUACAUAGAGUUAAAGCAUAUAAAUCAGUCUUGAGUUACCUCAAGACCUCAGGAGAAUACAAACUUGCAGGUGUUUUCCUUGGAGGUCGUUCAAUGGGCUCAAGAGCAGCUGCUUCUGUAAUGUGUCAUAUUGAACCAGAUGACACUGAUGAUUUUGUCCGUGGUCUCAUUUGUAUUUCUUAUCCAUUACACCAUCCAAAGCAGCAGCAUAAACUUAGAGAUGAAAACCUGUUUCGUAUAAAAGAACCUGUAUUAUUUGUGUCAGGCUCAGCAGAUGAAAUGUGUGAAAAGAACUUGCUGGAGAAAGUUGCACAGAAAAUGCAAGCUCCUAAUAAAAUCUGCUGGAUUGAGAAGGCAAAUCAUUCUAUGGCAGUGAAAGGACGGUCAACAAAUGACAUUUUCAAAGAGAUAAAUACACAAAUUUUGUUUUGGAUCCAGGAAAUCACUGAAAUGGACAAGAAAUAAUUGUCUUUAAUCCAGAGACAUAUUACUUUGAAUAUGACUACAGUUAAUUUGAUAGCGCAUGGCAUAACUCAGCAUUUUGAGGUAUAUUUUCAACUAAUUUAAUGUCUUUUAAUGUUACCCCAUUUUUAAAACAUGUUUUAAAUGUGAAAUUAAUGUCUUUUACAAAAUGUAUUUUGAAAGCAUAGUUCCGUAAAGAUGAUGCCCAGAUUUUGAAGUUAAGUUUGAAAAAAAUUAAACAUUUGAAUUUUGUUACA